UGCUGAACAGAAUAGGAAUAAUUUCAAAUUUAAUCCAAUUGCCAUUCAUUCAUCUGCCAAUGUAAUUAGCAGGAUCGGGAUCGGAACUCUACAAAAUAAUAAAGCAACAUAAUUUCGAUCAAACCUCUGUUUUGUCAUUAAAAACUGAGUUGAUUCAGUGCUUUCGCAACUCUACUGAACACAUUAUUAUUGUUUUGUUAUCACUAUCAUGAUAUCAGUCGACUGGUUUUGAAACUAAGGUGUGUGUCCUAUUGUCCUUAAGAGAAGGCACAAACUGCGCACCUGAGGAACGUACCCAUUGUUGUAUUUUUUUUGGACUUUUGAAAUAUUGUGAAAUAUUGUAUCCGUGAAGAUAUGGACGAAAAGUUGUCCAGUGACAGACGACACUUGGAAGCUACCGUGAAGUAUUUUCCACGUAGGUUUGCAGCUUUUAAAUAAUGGCAAUUUUAACUUUUUUUUCAGCUUGCUAGCUUAUCGGGAGCUGCCUCAAAAUUGAGUUGCAAAAAUCCAAUCGGAACGACAAACAACUAAACAAGAAAACGAAUGUAUGAAAUCGUGAGAAAAUGAAGCGUUGGCGUUGUGUGUUUCUAUUCAACUACCUGAGAACUGUACCCGCGCUGAAAUUGCCAACUUCUAAUAUUGGCAAAUUCUUAGUAACCAAAAUAUUAUUUGGAUAGGUCAUUACUGUAAUUUUCUGUAAACAACAAAUACAAAAUACAACACUGUUUACUACUGUUCCUUUAUCAUCAUUACGUAGUUUCUAAAGACACAUUGUGCUCAUUUGCUAUCACACCACAGUUCUCGACCUGUGGAACAAUGGGCGGGUUUAUGCAACUCGAUACUUUUCCUAGAUAAAUAAAGUUAAUCAUAUUCUGUGAAUAGAUAGGCAUUAAUUUGUAGGCACUUUGUACGUAGGUACGUACUUAUCCGGCUUAUUUACCUAACCUAAUGUUAGGCGUAUUCGAGUUUUGUAAGGGCGAAAUGCUGUCAAAGAAUACUUAAUAUUACAAGUAGUACCUAUAGUAUAGUAAUGAUAACAGUGUUGUCUAUACGAAAUUUAAAGCUGUUUCUGCCUAGAUCACUGAAUUGCUGUUGUCUUCAAGCUAUUUGCUCUUAUGAUCUAUCAACCUGAAACUUGCCAGGAGUAGUAAUGAGUGCUACCGGAAAAAGCCGUUGUAUUUUGAAUUGUCACUAAUGUUUGACGUCUUAAAGUCUGUCGCUACAUUCCAUCUUGACUGCUAUGGGUAUGCUUAUUAGUUCUUAAUUAAACCGUCUUAUAUCCACUAAUAGUCCGUCGGUACCUCGAUACCUGUGAUUACGGAGAUGAAGGCUGUCUUUUAACGGUAUAUGAUGUCUUAUCCCGUAAGCGGUUUUGAACUUAAUAGCUUAACGGGUGAGGGCGUCGUGGUGUUUGUCGCAUGGCAACCAGCACGUAUCGACCAGACUUUGGGUUUACGCAACCGUUUCGCAGAACUUGUGCUACAUUCGCACUUAUACGUGAUAUUAGACGCGUCUCUCCGAGAUUUGUGGAUUCGUGAAUCUAAACAGACACAUGAACAUGUUCGACUCUCUUCUCAACUCGAUUCCGAAGAAUCGUCUGGAUUACGUCAACGAUCUGGAGAUCCCCGACUAUACGUUAUCUCCUUACAUCUGGACGGACCUGGACGACUCCCUCUCCACCAUCAGCGAGAGCAUUGUGAGUGGCGGGCCGGAGCAGUGUGAACGGGGAUCUAUCAACACUGCCUCUAGUAUACCGCUGUCUAGAGCCAUGACUGAUUCUGAUAUUGAUUAUGAUCGGUAUAAAAGGUACCGGCGGCUGAACUACAGCAACCCCUGGGAUCAUAUGCGGUACGCCAUGGAGCGGUUCCCGACGGACUAUGUCGCUAAACUUAACAGGUACAUGCCAACGGACACAACGGUGGCGGCAGCUGAGCGACCUUAUGGCUACAUCACUUAUAAUGACGAUGUGCGUCGUAGGAUGAAGAGGUACUUCGACGAGGAGUGCACCUUCCUCACGCGUGAUGACCCUGGCUUGCUGGAACUGAAGGACGCUGUGAGGAAGUUAGACCUCAAGGCCAUCGACUUGGAGGCUUGUGACUUAGAUCACAUGAGAAGCCUAGACUACUACUACAGAUAUUAUCCGUACGACUAUUGGUGGUGGUCACCAACGUACUCCAGAUACAGACGACGUUAUUACCCAAGCUAUUUAAACAGCAGAUAUUACAAAUAUAAGUACACUUAUCCAAGUUAUUAUCUGUAGUUCCAUUCAUAAUGGGCUUGGUUUCUCGAGCCCUGUAGAGUAUAUUCAAGGUCACAUAGAAGCAGAGCAUUGUGCAAUAUAUUGGAUGAAAUACAUAUUUUUAUGUUGUAUGUAUAUGCUGUCAAUUACACAUAGGUCAGCACGACAAAUAUCAAUGUGCACAAUAUCCUACAAGUUCGAUCUGACAAGCAUUGUGUGAUCCGCACAUCCAUUGUUCAAGGAUAGGAGACCCUUUUGUCCUUAUGUAUAUGAACACUAAGUGAAGAAACUCACUGUAGAGUCUAGAUCGCCUACAAAUUAGUUGCGCGAGGAAGCGCUGCAGUGGCGCCACUGUGGUGAGGACACCGCACCACUACAAGUUCUUGUAUUAAGCACUAACACGAGAAAUAAAAAAAUACUUAACACCUGUUGAAAAAACGUUCCUAUGAGUAUUUAGUAUAAGGUUUAAAAUAAAACAUUUUAUUUGUGUAAAAUGUAGUUUUAAUGGGAAUGACCUCCAACAUCAGCUACAACAAUGUACUUAACAUCUGUACUACGACGGGCAUCACAAUUCGUAUGUACUUAACGCAAUCUUAAACAAUAUGAGGACAGCGAGACAUAUUUUUAACAUUGAAUAAUGUAACCAUGUAAGUUUGAUUUAUUAGCUUCUGUAUUUAUUACAGUGCAGGUUAAUUUAAUCAAAUGUAUUUUUUUAACAUUUAUCUUGUUAUUUGAUAGAAUAUUAUUUUUUUUAAGUCUGCUUAAACCCAUUUUUAUAUUAAAACUCAAUAAAGUAGAUAUACCAUAGAAACAACUGAAAUAUUUAUUUUAUUUGGUAAAUACGAAAAGAAUGAAAUUAAGUUAAAAGUUUAACAUCGAUGUAGAACUAAUUGAUGAUGAUAUUGGUGUAGUCUGUGCAGCGUUUUACUUUAAAAACUUGACGUUUUGAAACUAUUAAUAGAUGUUAAUGGUGACAUUUAUUUUAGUCCUUUGAACGAUUUUGACGCUGCACCAAAGUGAAACCAACUCACUGAAAUAAAUGACUGUUAUUAUUAUUAUUAGUAUUUAUAUGGUCACUAGAAUUAGCUUCAUCAAAAAUUACGGUAGGUAGUAAUUUCGCUGUCCUCAAAAAUAAACAUAUUAAAAUAGAAAAACAAUACAUAAUUCAACAUAAAAAUCAUAUUGCACAUAUUUUUUUGGAAUACAAUUGCGAUCCGAUAACAUCGUAAAUAAAACAUAUUUGGUGUAACCACUGCUAUCAGUCAAGAGCAACACAUAUUAUGCGCAAUGUACUGUGGUUUAAUAUACAGCCAGACGUUGGGAAGAAUGCAUGAAUUUUAAAAAUCAACAAGAAAACCUUUUUGCUCGUGAAAAAAACUUUUUUUAAAAUCAUUUUGUUCUAUGCAGUCUGUCUAGCGCAGGAUGCCUUCAGAUCCCGCUGUUUUGUGUGCGAGCCACUGCUGCCACACAACUAUAUAGAGUUUCAGAUAGACGCGCGAUGAAUAUUAGUACCUAUUUGGGUAUCGGAAACUUCCGUCGACAAGUGUAAAAAGGGUGUAAUGUAAAAGAGUCUGGUCGCAUAUGCUAAAAGGAAUUUAAGUUGCAUUCCUCACAAGUCAUGGCUUUACAAUUUAGGACACCUCCAAAUGUUUAGAGAUUUGAAAUAUAAAACACUUUCUGAUAAUUUGUUUACUGCCAUUUUAGUCAGUUUUAUCGUAAGACAUAAAAAUUUUAGAACAGAAAAUGACAUAUUAAGAACAAUAUCAAAUAGGUGUUCAUUGUAUAUCAAUUCUAACAUUGUGAAAUUGAAAUUGAAUACAACAUUGCACUUGUGGGAUCUCACUUCCACAACUUGCCAUUGAAGCUCUUGCAAAUUUAGAUCAUUUCUCAUUUAUAUACAUCGAAUGAUAAAAUACAGUCAAAUAAACUGACUUCAAUGGCAGUGAACAAAUGCAGUUUAAAAGAAAAUGAAGUUUCUAAACGUAAUGAAGAAAAGUGGCAUAAUAAAAUAAGUUGUUUAACUUAAACUUGAUGAACAUUAAAAUAAACAUUUUGUGUGCAGAUCUAUGGAAUAAAAUAUCAAGAGUCUUACAGUAGAAAUGCGAAUAAACAAAGAAUAAUAUUUUUUGGUAACACAUUAUCCACAGUGAGUUUAUACAAGUAUAGUAAUUAAUAUUUAGUAGGAUAAUGUACGGAUAACUUUAAUUCUUAUGCGUCUAGGACUGACAAAAAAUAAGUGGAAUAGAAAACUUUUUUUCAUGUAUUUGAUGUAAGGAAUAUCAUGACCAUAUAAAAAAAACCUUAAAGUAAUUAUGAAUUUCUCAGAUAUUUAUUCCAAUAAAUACCGUUGUUUUACUUGUAUAAACUGACUGUGGUAUUAUAAUCACUUAAUAGCGAAUAAAUAACCGAUUCGCUGCCCUCACAAAUUGGACGUGCUUAAUUAUAAAAGGCGAUCUUAACCUAAAGUAAUAUUAUUACUUUAAUAUAAAGUAAAAUCGAGAUACAUAUGUCGGAGGCGACGGCGGCAGCUGUGCAUCCGUUAAGCUAAGGAUACUGACGAAAUGAUGCGUUAUACUUCGCCCAUACAACUCUGGUCUCAACAUAAACCUACUAUAUAAUAUCACAACACAUCGAACUUACCGUUUACGUGCAACUGUUUAACUGGUUCUCAGUAUCCUGAGCUUAAACAUACACCUUCAUAAAUACCCGAAGAUUCAUACAUUCAUAAUACGAAUCGUUGCAAAUAGCACUAUAAUAUAAUAUAUAUUACGUCUUUUGUACGAGAAUUAUUUCUACUAGUGCACAAACUGAAAACAGAGACAGAAUAACAUUGAAUCCACAAAAAUAUAUUUUUCGACAUCUCUCUACGCAUGCAUUGUUGUCGCGAAGUUAUGCGAUCGAAUCCGAAUGAUCGUUGCUUGUUCCGGAUUAGAACGACCCGAUCGAUUCCGAUUUCGAUCGGUGAAGUCAGAGCACCAAAAUCCGUUUGGAUCAUAUUUCUCAUCAAUUAAAUCGGAUUGAUGAAGCUGACCAAUUUAACAGAUAAUAUUAAAUCGGUCAAAUCAUCAAAUGUAUUUCAAUCAAGUAAAUUAUUUAGCAAUAUAAAACUAGGAGUAACUAAGUCAGAGCAUUGCUGAAUAAUUGACUUGUGUAUCCACCAUAAUAAAAACUAAAAAGCAGGCAAUACACUUGCGAAAUCUAUGAAACAUGCGCUAAAUUACUGAAAAGCAAACGAAAUACUGUAAAAGUGCAAUUGGCAGUGGCCUGUGGCUCCUCGGCCCGUCGACCCUUUAACACCAACUUAUAAUACAAAUUAGUUCCAAUUCCUGACGACAACAUCCCACUAUCAGUUAAAAAGCCUUACAAACCGUUCAUAACAUCCAAUGUUCCGUAAAAUACGCGUUUUUAUCGAUUGUUCAUAAAUGAAAAUUGAGAAACAUUUUUCCACUAAUGACCAAUCGAUAAAUCUUCUUUCGUUUGUGUACGGCAUCAAUAUCAACCGAUAAACAAAGACAACUGCAUUAACCACACAACCAUCAUUCACACAUUACUUUGCUAAUUCACCAUAUCAUUACACCGUUGUCUUGAUAUAAUCACCAUUCUUUUUUAAUAUACAACAACAUUCUCACUCUGUCGUGUUAACAAAACCAUAUCACUUUGAAGGUAGUCAAUUUGAUCUUACGUAUGCAAAAUAUGCAACGCAGUAUGAUUGCAGUGUGCAGGGCCGGAUCUAGGGGCCCAGGGGCCCCGAGGAACUUGGUUCAAGUGAAAAAUUUAUCGAGCUUUUUUUUAG